CCGUGGUGUGGGGCGCGGGGGCGGGGUGCGGGCCGUUGUGUAACACCGGUGACAGGCCCCGUGCCCCGGGCUGCCCCACACCCGCCCCGCUGGGCAGGGUUUCUCUGGCCUCUGCUAGAUGCCCUAAGUGUUUCUUCUCCACCGCUGAGGAUGCUGCAGGUGGGGCGGGGGCUGGUGGCUGGCUGUGUGCGGGGGACGGGGGGCUGGCGACCCCUAACACCCACCACUGUGCCCUGUGGUGUGGGGGCGUUAGUAGCAGGGUUCAACUGGACGCCACACCGCUGCAGACCCUCAGAAGGCCAGGAGCCACAACUGGAGCCGCAAGAUGUGCCUCAGCUCCUCCGCACUGCCACCUCGGACGGCUCCCUCACCAGUGCAUUCCAGGGCCUCCACAAGCUGAGUGAGUGGGUGUCCACCAAGAAGGUUGACUUCAGGAAGGACGUGGAGGGCAAGGAACAGUUUGGGAAACUGAUCAACAUGAUAGACCGAAGCACACUGCGCACUCCUCCCACGUCCCUGCUGGCAGCUCUCAAGAGCCUCACCAGGAUGGGUGUGAGCAGCGACACACACGUGGUGCAGUCUAUUGAGAAUCAACUGCUGUGGAACAUCAGGAAGGUGUCAUUCCCCAUCCUGCUGUCUAUCCUCUUGUUUCAUAUCAAGCACCAGAAUACAACCUUGGAGAAGAAGGUGUUGCGUGAAGCAGUAGAGGCUGUGCAGCGGCGGUGGGUGGAGGUGCGCAGGGCCUCAGAGUUGGAAGCGUUGUACCUCAAUCAGGAGCUGUUCACCCCAGAGUUCCUUGGGCACCUGGAUGACCGCACCACUGAGCUGGCUGGUGAGAUGAACUACAGCAAGCUGGCAAAGGUGUUCUGUGCACUGGGGUCUGUGCGGCGCCGUGCCACACCCGUCAUCAGGAGUCUGGCCUUCCACAUCGCCCGGCAGGGAGACCAGCUGCCCCCCAAGAUGCUCUGCAACCUGCUGUUUGCCACACAAGCCCUCACCUUCCCUGACCCUGUGCUGCUGGAGAAAGUGGGUGCUGACCUUGCUUCACAGGUCCCUGAGAUGGACAAGCCAGUCUUGGUGGGCAGCAUCCUCUACUGUGCUGGUCAAUUGAGAUGGCGGUGCCCACUGCUGCUAGAGGCUUUGUCUGAGUGGAUGGAGAAGAAUGCUUCAGCUUGCCCUGCCCUAACCCUGGCUUCCAUGGUUAUUACUCUAGCCACAGUCUCUUACACCCCUACCAAUUCUGAUGCCCUAUUUAGAGCUGUACUACCUCGCCUCACCAAAGAGUCGCUAAGCCGGGGGACUGUGUGGCUUGAUGUGGUGUGGGCUCUGGUGGUGUUGGGCCGGGCCACCACCCAGCAGGUGGCAUCUGUGCUGGACCCAGCCUUUGUGGCAGCAGUGAGUGCAUCUGAGGCUCAGCACCGGCCUGGUAUGAGACUCAAGUUGCUGAAUGUAGAUGCAGCAGCAGGACUGCUGCUGCAGGGGUAUUCUGGGCCCAGGUUAGAGCUGGGGGAAGGAGCUGGGGCAGCCAUGCCUGUGCGGGGCCGGGAGGAGCUGGGGCUGGCCCGCCACGUGCUGGGCACCCUCCAUAAUCUGGUGCCUCCCCCACGUUACCUGCUGGAGAACCUUCCUGCUCCAAUGGGGGUGCAAGUGGAUGGUGAGCUACUGACUGAUCGGCAGGGUCGGCCGCUGCCCAUCCAGGACCAUGGUGGUUCCCUAGGGGGGACUGGGCCACCCCCAACGCCCCCAGAAGGUGCAAUCAGGCUGGGGCUGCUGGUGUGGGGUUUCAGGGACUACACAGUGGGCACCCAGGAGCUGGUUGGCAGUGCCCGCCUGGCACUGCGUUUGGUGGAGGCCCGGGGCUGCCGGCCACUCCAGGUCCCAUAUUUUGAAUAUAGCCCUAAGGCCAAGACACUCAAGAAUGUGCAGUACCUUGAGGCCAAAAUUAAGGAGGCUGUUGCUGCCACGGUAAGUUAGCGCUGCAUUAACUACAGCUGCUGCAGCUGCCCUGUACAUACUAACUUAUCUCUGUGAUUGUCUGGCCUAGUUGUUUUAAUAAAAUAAUUCUAUAC